AUGGCGGCCGACAAUACAGCGCAGGUGCGCAUUCAGCUCAGAACCAAGGACAGCGAUAUUGAGCUACCGGAGACUGGCGAAAUUUUGGUAUCGACUGACCUGAAGCGUUAUCAACUUUCCACGCUCGUGAACCGUCUCCUGGAUACAGAGAAGCCCGUUCCCCUCGAGUUCCUGAUCAAUGGCCAAUUCUUGCGCACAUCGUUGGACGACUAUCUCACUCAGAAUGGCAUUUCCGCAGAGACGACAUUGUCUGUAGAGUACGUCAAAGCGCUCGUACCACCAACACAUGUCGCCAGCUACGAGCACGAUGACUGGGUCUCUUGCGUGGACGUGCUCUCCCAAGGCCCACAAAGUCGCAUACUAUCAGGAUCGUUCGAUGGAAGCCUCUCGAUCUGGAACAUGAGCUCCAACAAAGUGGCAACUGGACAAUGGCACAAAGCUCGAGUCAAUAGCGCAGCAUUUGUGUCGAAGACGGAGGUCGCCAGCGCAGGUGUAGACCGCUCUUUGGUGAUUUGGGACCUCAAGGAUGCGGAGACUGGUCAGGGUACCCUCAAGCCGAAGUUGGAAUUGCUAGGCCACCAGUCAUCGAUAGAGAGCCUAGCAGUGAGCGCAUCCACUUCUAGGAUUCUGACUGCUUCCGCAGACGGUCGGAUAGGCCUCUGGAGCACCAAGAAGUCGGAAGGCACGACUGCGCCCGAGGUAGUUGCACCUUCCAACAAGCGCCGCAAGCUGUCUGGGCCGGAGGUUACUAUUCCUCAAAGAGGUGCUCUGGGUAUGCUGGAGGGACACAGAGACCAGGUAAAGGAUAUCGUGUUCGACGAGAAAGACCACACAGUAGCCUACAGCGCUUCUCAAGACCACACAGUGAAGACGUGGGACCUCACAACGAACAGAUCUGUGGACACAAGAACGACCGCGCAAAGCCUCACAUCACUGCUGCACCUUCCAGAACAAUCACUAAUAGCCGCGGGAGGCACACAACGCUACAUCGAUCUUGUCGAUCCAAGGGAAGGAGCGACCAAGGUGUCGGCCAUGCAGCUGAGAGGCCAUCAAGGCAUCGUCAACUCUCUGGCGCAGAACCCGGAGCUAAGCUAUCAGAUUGUUUCCGCCAGUAACGACGGCACCUGCAGGAUAUGGGAUUUGCGAGCAGGAAGUAAUGAGGCGACUGGUGACAGAGUAGGAAGUAGCGUCUUUGUGAUUGAGCGUGAUUCUCAAAGAGGGAAGAAGGCGGAUCAAGGUGAUGCGAGCAGGGUGUUCUCGGUGUGCUGGGAUAGGGAGGUCGGGAUCGUGAGUGGUGGUCGCGACAAAAUGCUGCAGAUCAACAAGGGCAGCUAG